GUGUUAUGUUUUGGUUCACGUUCUGGCAGCAGCAACUUGCUGCGGAGAUAGCUUGUUGCUUUUAUUUGUGUUGUCACUCAUUUGAAGUGGCUUAACCGAGUUUUUAAUUAUUUAAUUGUCAUAAUACAGUGCCCUUAGCUCGUAUCAUUCGCAUUGCUUUCAUUCUUUUUCGCAUAUCCUGCUGGUUUGGGAGCGAUGCUGUUUGGUUUUGAGGUUAAAGGAGACAGGCGCCAAUAUGUUUGGGGGUUAUAACGGCAAAAAAGAUGAAAAAUUAUAUCUUCUGGAGCCAGUGGUUGUAUUGGAGAGACUGCGGGAGAAACAUGCCGUAAGAAGUGUCAAAAGAGGAUCCUCCGGUGGAAACGCAUUUCCAUCAUUUGAAGGUAGUGGACGCAAGUACGGAAAGGUGAGAGGACGCCGGUACAGGAGGAAGAAAACCACCCGUAAUAUUAACACACGGAUCUUAAGAGAGGGAAGAAAUGCCUCAGAAAGUUCGAAUCACCUUGAACAAUCUGAUAGUUGCUCAAGUCAUACUAGAAGCCACAGCCAUCACAAGAAAUCACCAGUACAGGCACCAGAGAAAAGAAGUUUAGUGGAACAGGAUCCAGAAAAAAGUGUAGUGGAGCAGAGUCUGGAAAAAAGGAGUAUAUUGGAACAGGUUUCAGAGAAACAAAGUAUAGUGGAACAGGUUUCAGAAAAAAAAAGUAUAGAGGAAGAGCGACCUCACAAGUGUGCGCAAUGUGAGGAACGGUUUCACACUAGUAUUCUGUUAGCUGUUCAUAAAAGGAUCCACAAUAUUUCUGAAGAUGAAAGUGAGGGUAAUGAUGAUGUCGACGAAAUAGCCAAUGUACAUGAUAUUAUUCAUGAGAAUAGAACCAAGGACCCGUCUUUAGCAAUAUCAUCUGAUCUGGAAAAAAAUCAUGUAACUGAAAGAACAGAAACAUGUGAAGUCAACAAAGAUCCCCCAUCCACUGUUUUGCAUAUUCCUGAGAGAGAUAACUCUCGGCAAAAUAUUAAAAUCUUUGAAGAUCAAAACAAGGAUCUGUCAAUAUCUUUGUCUUCUGCUCCUGAGAAAGAGAAAGAGUUCAAAGUACCACAUAGGGAUCAUGAUUAUGCAUUAAGUGCAGACAAGAAUCCUGCUCUGAAAAGAAAAGAAGAAAAGAAUAAGAAACGUAAAAAAAAGAAUGGCCUAGCUAAUAAUAGUGCACUAUUUACCUGUAAUCAGUGCCCUGCAUCUUUCUCUCGCUCCUGGUACCUUCAGCUUCACUUGAUCCUUCUUCAUUACAUUCAUGGGAAGGACACCUUCAUUGAGUGCCCAGGCUGCAAAUCUCUUUGGGAGAAAGAGGACACUCUAAGACAGCACAUAGAGAACAGCCAUAAUUUGGACUUGGCAGUAAUGAAUGGAGAAAUAAGCUCAUCUUUGCGGGUUCCAACAGAUGCUUUGACUGGAGAAAAUAAAAAAUUUGCAAAGAAGAAGGUUUUUUCUCAAGGAUGUCCUGCCAAACCAAUUUCUUUUGGGAAUCAAAGAACUGCCUGUGAUUGGAAAGAAGCCACAUCUUUUCAGAAAGAUGAAAUUAUGGGUUUGGUGGAAUCUGAACUGAGACAUGUUGUGUCAGAAAGGAAUAAACUUGGAGAUCACCUAACUUACUGUGAUGUUCAGCGUUUGGGGCUUGAAAUUGCCCAGUGUCUCCGUGUCUCUGAUUUUUUUAAUGGAAAUCCAACAAAGCGAUGGGCUCAAAAAAUACUAGGCUCUGUAGGUCAAAUUCCUAGACCAGGAAAAUUUAGAUUUGUUCAUAAUGUAAAUGCAUGUUAUUUAAAUGCAGUGAGUAGUUUGUCAAAACGUGGCUUAUCAGAAAGCACUGUAUUUUAUGCAUUUGAGGCAAUUGUUUGCAGCGUUCAACAAAACCAAAUUGUUCAAAGAUCAUGUGGCCAUGAAGUCGAAGAAGAUUCUAUAACUGCAAUUUUUAGUACAAAUGCUAAUGGCACUGUGCUUUUACAUCCUACAUUUACUUAUCGAGGACAAAUAACUGAUUAUAAAAAUAUCCAUACCUUAGAGCUACCAUCUAUCAAAACCCCUCCUAAAGAUUUUUUUGAAUCUCCAAAUUUUCGACAAUGGUUUGCUCAGUUUCUUAUUUCUAUACCUAAGACAAGACCAGUUUUGUUACUUGUAGAGGGCGAUGUAUCCCAGUUGUCAUAUUCCAUUAUUCUAAUGGCACGAGAAAACGAUGUACACUUUGUCUUUCUACCUAGUCGGAAGCGAUUUGUGCAUUCUCAUCAACUAAUCCGUAAAUCACUUGUCUCUCCUUUGGUUGAAUCCUUUGAGAGUGAACUUGAAAAGUUCUUGAGAUCCCACAAUGCAAAAUCUGUGCAUUUACAAUAUUUUGAAGGCAUAUUUGACUCUUCUUGGGAUGCUGCUCUACAAAAAGCCGAAAUAUCCAAGAGCUUUCUCCAGUCGGGGUUCUUGCCCCUUCCUCAAACUAUUCAUCCUCUUGAAGAAGCGGCAAGAGAAUAUUUGGAUGUAGUUCUUCACUCAAAAGGAACUGUGUCUGGAACAGAUUCUUCUCAUUCAGAGAUUCAGAGCGAUGAUGGCACAUCCGUAGUACUGGUCAAACCUAAGACCCGCACUGUGUGGCAAGAUCCUUCAUUGUCACUUCCGGAGUGUCAAGUAAAGCUUGAAACUGUUCAAGACACUUCUGUAAGCAUUGAAAGUGGUAGCUGUCCUUUGCCUUUUAAUGUAAAGGAAGAACUUGGGGAGGAGCUGAUUCUUCCUGAAAAUGAUGCAGCUAUUGACUUGAUGUCUGAGGUGAAACAAGAACCAGUGGAGUACAUCCCUGAAGAACCACCAUUGCCAAUGCCUGAUGGGCUUGAGAACUUAAAGCUUGAGUGUCCCAACUGCAACCAAUUUUUCCACACUAAUGAAGACUUAACCACACACACGUGUACUGAGGACUCUGCCAAUAAUUAUUCAUGCCCAACGUGUGAUGCAGAGUUUGCAGAGGAAGGGCAGCUUUUGAAUCACAAUUGUGACAGUUGCAAUUCGGAUUUGAGUAACUCUGAUGAGUUUGAGUUGCAUACAUGUCAUAUUUGUAAUAUGUCGUUUGCGUUGAAGGAUACUCUUGAGUUUCAUAUGACAACACACCAAACCAAGCGCCUUGCAAGCCAAGGAUUGGGGACUGUGACUGGUGAAGUGUCUUUGUCAAAUACAAGUGCAUGCCGCAAAAGAGUUUUCGAACAUGUAAGCUCUUCCAUUGAUCAUCGGAUUCCAUCUAAAUUGCCCAAACAGGUUUCUUUUGAAUUAAAAGACACCAAUUGUUCCGGAAGGCAAAUUUCUCCAGCUUUGUCCUCUUCAUCAAGAACGGCUUCACCUUCAUCCUCCACUUCCUCCAGAACAUUGACUGCAUCGCCAUCUGAUAUAUGGGCUCAUUCAGAUGAUGAUGCUUGUUUGAAGAAAGAUGCAGAUAAGGGGAACACCAAUCUAGUAAAUGCGCCUGUUUUAUCGAACUGUAAAACGUCCAUUCCAAUCCCAAAACUGACACCAUCCCCUCUUCCUGAUCACGACUACCUUGGCCAACAGUGCCGGAAUGGCACAAAUUCAGCCUUCACUUCCAGUCCCAAAAAACCUAGAGAACCUGAAGUUUGUGCGGAAAAAGGUGGAGCCAGUGCGCCCUUUUCAUCCAUCAUCAUCACUAGUCAUAAUCAGUCUACAGUUUUGUCCAGGAAGCAGACAAAGAAGGUCUUUCGACGAAUACAACUUGUUUGUGCUGAAUCAAAUUGGCCAAGAGACUAAGUAAAUAAUGAUUUUUAUGAAUUCUUUGUUUUUGUUAUGAUUUUGUUUUGAUUGCAUAUCACAUAAAUACUGUACCUUUGUUUUGUAUGUUAAAGAGAUGACAGUGAGUGAGUUUUGUUAUGGUUUUGAAUCAGCAGUGUGUUCAUUAGAUUUCCCUUAUAUUGGUAAUCUAUAGUCAUUAAAGUGAUUUAUAGUCAUUAUAGAU